GGAGUUUAUGAGAACGACGUGACGUCAUAGCAUACUUCCUCGAGCUUGUAGCGCAACACCGGCUAGCAUGAUAGCGCGAUGCUUUUAGCUUCGCUACAUCGGUGAAUUAACUAGUCGGUUUUACACAAAACAAGCACAAAUUACAGCCACACUGUUACUAAACUCAGAAAGUGUAGCGUAUAUGCAAAACAGCGAAUUUCAACCAGGAAUAACCGCGUCUCGAGCGUAAUACAGACAGCAUGGAAGAACAACCAAACAAUAACAUAGAGGUGACUGUGAAAACCCUGGACUCCCAGAGCAGGAGUUACACAGUUCAGGCACAGAUGACCGUGAAAGAGUUCAAGGAGCACAUAUCACCCUCUGUUGGAAUUCCUGUUGACAAACAAAGACUCAUUUACCAGGGCAGAGUACUUCAAGAUGAGAAAACCCUGACAGAGUACAAUGUGGACGGAAAAGUAAUUCACUUGGUAGAGCGGGCCCCACCGCAGACCACCCAACAGGGCUCCGACUCGGGUGGCGUACCAGGGUCCUCUGGGGCGACACAGGGAGGAAAUCAGAACCCAAACUCAACCAGUAGCUCUCAAGGGACCCCUCUUGGGCCUACGCAUGACCGCAACGCCAACAGCUAUGUUAUGCUGGGUACAUUUAAUGUUCCGGUUAACAUUAUGGAUCCUCAGCAAAUUCAGAUGUCCAUUCAGCAGAUGAUGACAGGCCUGGGAGACAGUGCGAGAAAUCCACGUGUCAGUACCAGCACGGGGACCAGUGGCUCUGUGAAUGUUCAGAUUGAUUUGGACCAAUCAUUGCAAAGUGAGCCCAGACUGCGGCUGCUGUUGGCUGAGAACUUGCUGAGAGACACCAAUGCUGUGAUCCAGAGACUGGAGGGGCAGCUCGAAGAUGGCUCAGCAUCCCAGGAGGACUCUGCACCUCCACCCACCUCCUCCACUUCUACUCCAUCUCCUACUGUACAGCCCAUGGACACUUCUCCUCCUCCGUCAAGUACCACACCAUCCUCUUCCUCCUCCACCCAGACUGAGGGUGCUCCACCCCCUCCUGCGGGCCUCAGCCAUCCAAGCCCAGCUGAAAUGGUAGAGAUGUUAACAGAGCUGAGGAGAGUGGAGGAGAGACUCCAGCCCUUCAUUCAGAGAGCUCACCUCAUUCUAGAGGCGGCCACUACUGCAGACUACAACAACAAUACCCAAGAGAGGGAUGAGGACCAACGCGUUCUCAACCUCGUGGGGGAGGCCCUCCGUCUCUUGGGAAAUGCCCUGGUUGCCAUGAGCGACUUACGGUGUAACCUACUGAGCAACCCUCCUCGACACCUCCAUGUUAUCCGCCCCAUGUCCCACUACACCUCCUCUGUGCUUACUCCAGGGGGCGUGCAUCACCUUCCAGCGCAGUUGAAUCUUGGAACUACUGUGACCAUGUCAGCUAAUGGCAGACCAGCAGCUGAUGGUCAGCCUCAGUCUACUGGCCAAUCAGACCAGCAAGGCCAGGGACCAGCACCUGCCAGUCAGACUGGUCCAGCCAAUCAGCAGAGCGGACAGCCAGGGCCUAGAGUCAUCCGGAUCAGUCAUCAGACCAUGGAGCCUGUAGUGAUGAUGCAGAUGAACAUUGAUGACUCUGGCAAUAAUGCACAGGCAAAUGGUCAACAGAAUGCUGCUGGCACCGGACAGCCUGGUGCCCCCCCUACUGUUCAGAUUCCAGGUCUACCUCCAGAAUUCAUGCAAGCCAUUGUGCAUCAAGUCACUCAGCAAGCCAUGGCCAUGGCAAACGCUGCCUCUACUGGCCAGCAGGGGCAACAGACCACCCCUCCUGCAGCAAACGUCGGCACUGGCUCCACUCCACCCCCCAUGCCCCCUUACCCACCUCAGGCCAGAGUGGUUUUCACCAGACCCUCCUUUACUCACAGGAUGGCCAGCCCCACUUUCACCCCGAGGGGGGCCACUAUCAACCUCAGAACAGCUGUUCCACCGAUGAUGGGCCAACAGCCCGGACAGGCUGGACACUUCCCUCCUGCUGCUCUGAAUCAGAUGAUUGGUGGACUGGUCGGCCAGCUUCUGUCAGGGGCUUCAGGACAGAUGGCCAGCCAAACCAGCACAUCCUCCUCACAAUCAUUCACCUUCUCCACAUCCACUUCCACAAGCACUCCAUCAACCACCACGACCACCACAAGUGGCCCUGGGUCCACACAGUCUAAUAGUACCAGUACCAGCACUCCUCAACCUGGAUCUCCACCGCCACCUCCUCAGGAGAAUCCUUUAGGGGGAAACCUGGAGCAGUUGUUGGGGUCUCUACUGGGCGGAGCUGUUGCUGCAGGCAGCCAGGGCCCUUCUAUAACAGUCACCAUGCCUGGGGUCCCUACCUUUAUCCAGGGGGUCACAGACUUCAUGCAGGCAUCCCAACCACUUUUCUCUCAGCCUCCUGCGGGACAGCCUCCAACCUCAACCCCCACUGCACCCGCUGCCCCACCAAACGCAGCCAGCACUCCUGGGGCUGCCACAGCAGAUGAAGGUCUGAACCCUGAGCUCUUCACUGGGAUAGUGCAGGGCGUCCUGUCCACCAUGAUGGGUUCUCUGGGUACCCCUCAAAACGAAACUGAGAGCAUCGCUCAAUUCAUCCAGAGGCUCUCCCAAACUAGUAACAUCUUCACCCCUGGUACUGGAGAUGCUAUGGGUUUCUUCGGUGAUCUUUUGGCUUUGGUUUGUCAGAACUUCUCCAUGGUGGACAUGGUGUUGUUGCUUCAUGGGCAGCACCACCCACUGGGUCGUAUCCAGCCCCAACUCGCUCAGUUCUUCACUGAGCAUUUCCUGCAAGGCCGUGAGCCCACAGAGGCCAACAUCACUGCAGCUGCUGAUGACUUAAUUGCAGAACUUGAGGAAUACAUCACAGAAAGUUUUUCAACCAUUGCAGUCCGUGAUGGGGUGGAUAUCACCCAGACGAACCGGGCUUUUCUCAGACAGCAACUUGCAGGCAUCGCUACCCACGUUCUGCAUUGCACCGAUCAAACGUUUGGACCUCGUCUCCUCCAGCUGUGUAACCGUGCUCUCUUUGAGUGUCUGGCCCUCAACCUCUACUGUCUGAAUGGAGAACAAAGUGCCCUUACUGCCGUCAUCAAUCACCGCAUUAGGACAAUGUCAGCUGAGGUUAACCCUAGCCUGGUGAACUGGUUAACCAGUAUGAUGACCAUGAGGCUGCAAGUGAUACUGGAGCACAUCCCCAUCACAGAGGAACAGAUCACUCAUUACAUCGUCCGCCCACAGAGUGAAGAAUCAGUAGAGAGGCCCAUACAGGAUCCUGAGGCUCAAAACGUGGAGAUGGGGGAAAGUCUCUCUCCAACACCUGCUACUACAGCAGAAGAAGCUCUUGCCUCCUCCCAAGAAGCAGGAGCAGUGGGAGGUCCAGCUAGGGAAGGAGAGGGAGCUGUUGGAGGAGAGGAAACUGGAAGCGAUGCUGAAGCCUGGGCAGCUGUGUUGCCUCCUGAGUGGGUUCCUAUUAUCAGACAAGAUCAAAUCAGUCAAAGGAAAAUCAAGGCCCAGCCUCCUCUCUCUGAUGCGUAUCUGCUUGGGAUGCCAGCAAAGCGCAGGAAGAUGGUAAAGAGUGACGGGCCCAAACUGUCACUCUCUGAGGCAGUGAGUCAAGCCGCCAAGUCAGCUGGUGCAACACCCAUCUCAGCUCCCAACGCCCUGCAAGGGGAUUUAGAAAAACCAGAACUUCAGGAAGCAUACAGUGAACAGCUGAAAAACGACAUCACGAAUCGAGUAAAGGAGGACCCAGAUUACAAUUCCAGACGGUUUCCUAACACACAUCAAGUAUUUUCUCCAGACUCGUAACUUCUGUCCCUGCCAGCUUACACGUGUUCACCUCAGCCCUGUUCCUUUUGUGGGGCAUGUUUUAUCUGCUCUGUUAUGUGUUGUCAGAUGACUUCACACCCCACAUUUCUGUCUAUACCUUUUAAUUGACUGAUUGUCUGCUUGCUGAUCCCAAUCAGCAGAUGUGCUGUUGUAUGUGUUGGUCAUGUGUGGCUGGAGGUGCUGAGUGUGAUUUGCAUACUGAACAUCUGAUUAGUGUCUUUUCCUGGUCAGUACAGGCACACAUGUAUGUUAAGUGUCUGUCAUUGAUCAUGUGUGGCUGGAGGUACAGUUUGCUAUCUGCACACUGUACAUCUGAUAAGUGUCUUUUCCUGGAGUCCUGGUGUCUUUAAGCCACCUGCCAGCAUGCUGUAUCAGAACUGUUGUGUUUUUAUGAUUCAGUCUGAUUAAUAACAGUAUUGUAACUGAAUCCAGAGGAAAGACGUGAUGAGAACAGAACUGAUAAUGUAGAAAGCUACAUUAUUGCAAUGAUUCUGUAGUUUAAAGCUUUAUUGCAUAUAUAAUGUUUUGGCUUGCCUUUCACCUCUCCCAUGGCUCCACUAUGGCUUUAUCUAUGAUACACGGCAAAAAAAUAAUAAAAACUAUGUAAUUUGGAACCAUGAAUGUAAAAUGCUUGAAAUUAAACUAUUUUGCACCGGUUUAGUGAA